AUGCUCGCGGUCACACCACGUAGGACUUAUGCGGAGAGCGUGGCUGGAAUCAGUGCAUCACCCGGUGAUCAGGGAACGGAUCCUUGCGAUCCAGCGGACGUCUACGCCGAGAUUGAGGCGGAGGAGGAUGACGAUCCUCUCUGCCCUACGAUCAGGCUAACAAAGGAGGAGGUGGAGAAGAUUCGGGCCCCUUGGCGGAAGACCUUGAUCGUCAAAGUGCUGGGCAGAAAGGUAGGCUAUGCGUACAUGAUGCGGGGACUCUCGGCCAUGUGGAAGCCAAAGGGGAGCUUGGACCUCAUUGCUUUGGAUAAGGACUAUUACCUGGUGCGGUUUGGAUCAGUAGAUGAUCUGGAGUACGCGAUGUAUGAAGGUCCAUGGAUGGUGAUGGAUCAUUACCUCAUUGUCAAGCCAAGGGAGCCGGAUUUUGAUCCCAUGAAUGAUACAACCGAGAAGAUCCUGGUAUGGGUACGUAUUCCUUGUAUUCUCGUUGAAUAUAAUGAUAUUAUUUUUCUCAGGAAGCUGGGGAAUCGCAUUGGGCGCACAGUACGCGUAGAUCAAGCAACAAGCCUGGUUUCACGUGGAAAAUUCGCUAGGAUAUGCGUGGAGACCGACAUGCGUAAGCCUCUAAUCUCUAAGUUCACUUAUGAAAAGAAGGCGCGUCAUGUCGCUUAUGAAGGCAUGCACAUGGUCUGCUUCGAGUGUGGACUCUAUGGACAUUCAAAUGAGACAUGCCCGCGAUUAAGGAAGGAGAUGGCUGAACAGGCACCUGAGACGGAGAAAGAGGCUGAUAUUCAAUCGACAAAAAAGGCGAUCACUGCAGCAAAGGACCCCAAGAUUCCUUUCAGCACGUGGAUGAUAGCGCCAAAGCGGGGUGGCAAGCCUCAGAUGGUGACAUCUGGACAGAACGAGGGGGAUGUUGAGGGGAUUCUGCAUGGAGAUGUGGCGGAACCAGAAGUUGCAGAAAACUAUGGACAAGAAAGGCCGGCUGGAGCAUCUGAGCGGGUGAAUGAAAGGGGAACGCGACAGUUGGCAGUAGGCGGUGAAAGAGGCCGGAGACCUAAUGUCGUAACUUCGGAGAAGCAGAUCGCGAAUGAUCCGGUGGUGGCGCAAGGGGUACAGCAAAAUGUAGAGGACUCAAGGCCUAGAAUUCGCCGGGAAAGCGGCGGGAGCUUACGACGGGCAGCAGAGGAGGAUGAGCACGUGGUGGUUCGAGGGGAAAGAGGGGGGUUGGUAAUACGAUCGUCAAGGGUGUACGUGGGGGACACUGGCGGCGAUGUCCCAUCACCGGUGUGGCAACCCACAAAGGAACAUCACAGUGACCCGCCAGGUAACUUUGACGAUGAGGGUGAUGUGGUCAUGGACCUGGAAGAUGGUCUUGCGCAGCACGGGAUUGGAGGUAACGGGGGAACUCAGGUGCAGGUAGUGACCCAAAACCAGCCGCCAUGGUUCUUAGCAGCAGUGUAUGGGAGUCCGACCCAUCACCUGAGACGGAGACUUUGGACCGACCUUCGCCAAUCGAAUCUUGGCAUAAAUGGACCCUGGCUCAUAGCUGAGGACUUCAAUACAGUCUUAAAUAGGGAAGAAACGAGCAACUACAGCUCAUUCUCAUCCCACCACAGCUCAGACUUUGCGAAUUGGAUUCAAGACGAAGGGCUGAUUGACAUGGGCUUCACGGGGCCCAAACUCACAUGGGUCAAAGACGGUACAAAUGAAACGCUGAAAGGAGCCAAACUAGACCGAGCCAUGUGUAAUACGGAAUGGCGCCUGCGGUUUCCAGGUGCGUGCGUAACCCAUUUAGCACGUGUGGCAUCUGACCAUGCUCCUUUGUUUAUCCAGGUACAAGGAAGACGGCAGGCCAAGGAGCCGGCACCUUUCAUCUUCCAAGCCGUGCGGCUCACUCAUUCGGACUUACAUGGUCUAGUGGAACGAUUUUGGAGGCACAAUCUUAGCGUGCCGGAGAAUGCACGACUCCUUGCGACCGAAUUAACAACUUGGAAUAAAGUUUUUUUUGGUUGUGUGUUCAAGAGCAAGAGGUCCAUUAUUGCGAGACUAAACGGGAUCCAGAAAGCAAUGGCUCUCAAUUACCAUAAGGGUCUAGCAAAGCUGGAUUUGAAGCUUAGGGAGACCUUGGCAGACAUCCUUCACUAA